GGUUGACGCUUAGUAGCUUACGAGGCUUGGAAUUAAGUGCCAUGGGGCCCUCGCGCAUUUUGACAUCUCGUUACUACAUAGACGGUAGACCUUGUCACUACCAGUGGUUGAGUCCUGGGAGCCGUCAUUUUGACCUUGCAUAUUUUCACAGUAAAUGUUCUACAUUUUGUUGGUACGAACAUGUGAGCCCAGAAACAAAGUAUAUCAUUCAUUCACGUCCCCGCAGUCUUCUUGUCUCCACUGGAGUCACUGGGCAAUUAUCUAUGCUGAUCGUCUUCUGUCGAUUAUAUUCUCUUUCGCGCAAGUGUCUUCACGAUGAGCACAGUCAAUGUAUCGACCAGUCCUCCGGUUUUGAGUAACCCUCGCGGGGCGGUCGUCAUUGAAGGAGCUACCAUUUCAAUGGGUUUCGUUGUGAUUUUUGUUUGUCUGCGGAUAUGGGGUCGAUAUCGCUAUAACAAUUCGCCUGGAAGUUCGACGCCAAGUUUCGGGGAGCCUAGAUACUGGAUGAUGGUCUCUGACUUAGCAAUCGUCGCUUCAUCUGUACUUGCCAUCAUUUUGACCGUGAUUGCUUGUGUUGGCGCGGAGUGGGGACUUGGCCUUCACUCGAAAUUUUUGAGUAAGACGCAAAUUGAGAAUACACUUCAGAUGUUUUAUCUUUAUCAGAUAUUCUAUAAAGCAGGAUGUGGUCUAUCAAAGAUCGCUACUUGUCUACUCCUCUUGGCCAUUUCGACCCCACACAUGAAGAAUUUCAACAUCUGUUGCAAGAUAAUGAUUAUAUAUAUCGCGGGGUAUUCUCUCAGCUGUUCCAUCGUUACAGCCUUUCAAUGCGGUCUCGACUUCAAGAGUAAUUGGAUUCACUCGUUAAGACAAACCCACUGCUUUUAUAAACCCCCAUUCUGGUUUACUCAUGCUGGCUUGAACAUUUUCGCAAGUAUAGUGGUCGCAGUUCUUCCAUGGUGGCUAUUCUCUCAUGUUCAAUAUAAGAGAAAAUAUACUAUAGCACUGAUCAUGACCAUAUUAGCUAUUGCCGAGAUUAUUCUCGGGUGUGUGCGUUUGAAGGGUCUUUAUACAUCUUCUCAAAGUCUCAACGAUAUACCUUAUGGUGCUAUUACCGGUAUACUCGUCUCUCAGCUCGAAGUCAACUUCGGAAUAAUUUCAGCCUGUAUUCCUACAGUUUUGAAGAUUAUGGAAGACUUUUUUAAGCGAUUGUUUGGCGUUAGCUUUGGUGAUACAACGAUUGAAUCGGGGGCUCAAUCCCAACCUCGAUCUCGAAAUCUUGGAGCUAUGGGUAGUCACUUGCAGACUACAGACAAGUCGAAGCCUCGCUCACAAUACCAGCGUUUUGGCGACGACGAUCUUGAGAUGGAUUCUAUGCAUUCGGGAAAUAGCCGGGAAAAUAUCAUUCGCGACGACAAAGUCCCUGAUCAAAAGAUCAAGGUCGAAACAUCUUACAUUGUAGAGAGAGAGAUUGAUAAAUCCGAAGGAAUGUAGACGACUAAAUUUCAGCAGGGCUGGCUCUAGAUAUUAGGGAGAAUGAUUUUAUCUCCAGUUUAGCAUACUUGUCUACCAUAUACCACAGAAGCUAAAAGGGCCUAGAGUAAACAAGACCUCAGAAUGCGCUCGAAAUUCAGAGCUGGACUCGGUUGUAACAAAAUUGUAACUAAUAUCCCAUAUAGAUGCCCCACUAGCUCUAUGAUACCACGGGUGGUAUACGGAAUAAUAGCAAGAUCA